CGUUCAAUUGCUUAAUAACUUAAAUCAGAAAUUUAUCUGACUUGUCGUAUUUAUUUAACAUAUUUCUUUACAAAAUCAUAUAAUAAUGGAGUGUAAUCGUUCGACAAUUGGCAUCAUCAUAGGCUUUCUACAUAUUAUUGUCUAUAUUGGAAUUCUUUUAUGUUCUAUGGUUUACAAUAAGUGCGGCUCAUUUUAUGGUUCAUCUUUUGGUUUAAGACUGGGUUCUAUAAUAAUGAUCGUUAUAAGUGGUCUACUUAUAUGGGGUAUUCAAAAGAAACAGAAAACUCUUAUGCUUCCCUGGCUGAUAUUUACUGGUAUUGGAUUUAUUAUCAACGGUGUUUAUUCUAUAUAUAUUAUGAUUAUUAAUAUGAUAUCGGCUCAUCAGGCAGUAGGUUUUUUGAUUGGUACUUUAUUAAGUAUUGGUAUUUCGGCUUUGGUAUUAUGGUUCAUUUAUACCUUAUAUAAGAAUAUUGAAAGGGAGAAUCUUGAAAAAACACAUCGAAGUCAAUAUCAAACUGGUUAUGUGUGCUAAGACAACUGAUUUUCCUGAUCGAUACAUUCGAUUUAAUAAUAGUUUCUAAACAAUAAUUACUAAAUAAAUAAGUCGAUAAACGUUUUUUUCAA